CAUAACUGGAAACUUUGAAUUGCGAAGACUACUGUGAGAGUUACGUCAUGUUUCUGAAAGCUCGGGCCGAUGCCAGACCGAGCGCGUCAACAAAAAUCCUUUGACAACUGCCAAUUGAAUGCGAAACUGAUGCGCUCUCCAGUAUCCAACAUCAGCAGUUUCCGCAACAGCUUAUGGUGAUGUAGACUCGAUGUCUCAAUCUUGUCAAUCAGCUGUUACCACCUGGCUCCUCGGAGUUGAGAAUCAAGAGCCCUUCCAGAGCAGUCAAGGUCAGAAACGCAAGGCCGAAGCCACAGCAACCUCGCCUCGGAAGCGCUUCGCCAAAGGUCAUAGGUACGUAGGACGUAGCAACAGAGCAGUACGAGUACGCGCGAUACCUGCGUCAAAAGGACGAGGAAGAGGUCGUGCCGAUGAGAGGAUACCGCUCAACGAUACGACACCCAACGCGCUACGCCUGCCGCGGAGGUCCUCGCGACGAAGAGGUGGUCGGGAAUCACCUCAUGAGGAACAUGAAGCUUCGACAGGACCAUUGCAAAACGUGCCUGAGCUCCCCGCCACGUCCUCCAGGCACAGUACCACCACUUCAGCCCGAAGUCGCUCCACCAGCCCUCGGAAGCUCACGACACUGGCAGCCCUCCCUGACCCAAUCGUGUACGUGAAACAAGACCCGUAUAGUGGAGAGCCUCAGCCGCCAGCUCAUGUCCAGGACAUGUGGGAUCGCGUCAAAGACUACGCGCGUGGUCGACGGCUUCUGCCCCGUGCAAUGCAAGAGGAAGUUCAACGUGAUGACCGGCGCGAUGAGUUUGGGCAUGACUGUUGCUUCGAUGAUUCGGGAGUGAGACAAGAGCUUGGAGAGGCCCCACCACUGACACGCGUCGAGGAAAUACGGCAGGACACCACGCGUUGUAAGAAUCGGAAGACUGCGUCUGAAGACGUGUGGAACGACGUGAGCCAUGUGCCUAUCGGUCAGCUUGCUUGCAGAUAUUCAGCAGACGCAGCACAUGUGCGCUGGCAGAACGUCAAGUCAGCGGACAUUGCCCCGCGUGCAUGCUUGUUACCGACGCCAAUUGCGAUGCGUCCCCCGGAUGCUGCACGAGCCGACUAUGCAAUUGUCUUGGAGCCGACACCGCGUUUACAAGCCGCCCUACCUUUCCUCGAGCCACUUCCAGGGGCUGACGAUCCAAGCUGGGCGCCGACCUUAACAGCAGAUGUAAUUCAUUGCCCCUUUGCGUCAGUCAUAGAAACGAAGAAGGAUGGGGGUGAUCCUCAAAAGGCUGAGUAUCAGCUCGGUAUUUGGGCCUAUGCUAUCUUCAAGCGGCUGCGGCUAUUGCUGGAGGCAAACGGGCAAGCACAGCAGCCUCUGCCGUGUCUGCCCCUCUUCAUAGUGGAAGGCGAAAGAUGGGACUUCUACAUUGCGUCUCAAGGUGCUGACGCAAAGACGGUCGUGUGGACUUUCGACGAGAUCGGAAAUGCUCUCUAUCGCAAGGGAGUCUAUCAAAUUGUCGCUGUUCAGCAAUUUGUCUGCCACUGGGCGCAUACUGACUUUCGUGAAUGGUUUGAGAAGCACUGCUUGCCACAAAUCGAUCAAGAGUAGCACUGAUGCCAUUU